AUGGACGGUGUUCCGAUGGUCACACAGUGUUCAAUAUUACCAUUUGGAGGUUUUCGGUAUAAACUAAAACCGGAGAAUAUUGGCACAUACAUAUAUUACGCACAUAUAGAUGAUCAAGUGAAAUAUGAUAAUUUUGUGGUGUUAAAAUGUAGAAAUGUAGAAUCAGAAGUGUGGCAAAAAAUAAUCGUCCACCUUAGAGGAGACCCAGUUUCGCAGCAGGGCGACGGCGUGUAUGGGUUGCUGACAGUUCGAGGGCCACAAAAUGACCGUAGCUUGGAAAGGAUAUUUCUCCUGUCAUCAAGGCCGUCAAUUCCAUUGUCACGGUACUCGUACUUGUACCCACCUACGCCCAGGGAGCUCCUCUUAAAUGGCCAGAGCAACGGAUCCAUCUUGCGAGUUCAUUAUGGAACGAAAUACUUCUUACGGCUCGUUAACGCCAACGCGUAUAAUUGUCCCGUAUUAUUAUCCAUCUCUGGCCAUGAUUUUCGCGUUUUGGCUAUCGAUGGAAACCCGGUCGAACCAACAAUGGGCCGGCACAUCGUUUCCUUUCCAGGUAUCGACGACGCGUGGAACGAGUCAGAAACGAACGACACGCGGCUCGGCAUGGAGUGGACUCGCGACAAGACCCUCGAGCUACUGCGCGAAUACCAACAGAGACGCGUCCUCUGGGACUGGAAUGCUCGAGGGUAUCGCGACCGUGCCAAACGGAAACGCGCGAUCCAAGAGCUCGCCGAGAUCCUUUGCUGCAACACCCUCGAAAUCGAGAAAAAGAUCACGAAUCUCAAGUGUCAGUACUCGAGGGAGGUUCACAAGAUACAGAACAGCCGUGACACAGCUACCGGGCCCGACGAUGUUUACAAAGUUGAGGAGGUGACGUCCAAGCUGCAAGAGGAGUACAUAGUCAGCGACAUCGAUCCCGAGAGCAUAACCUUCAUAGACUGCAACGAGGAAACGAACGGUUCGGGGACUGGCUCGCUGAACGCGUCGCUCAGCGAGGACGCCGAGGAAUCGUCGUGCUCGAGCUUGAAAGCGUACAACGGUGGCUCGUUGCAGGAUCACUGUAGCCCGAGCUGCGAUUUGGACGAGUCCGAGCAGGCAAAGCUGGAGGUGGUGACGGCCGACGAACGGAAAAGAACGAAAGAGGAGUUCGCGAAAUUCGCCGAGAGCAUCGCCGUACAGCUAGCGGAGAUCCCCGACUCGUACUCGAGAUCCGUGGCGAAGCUGAGGAUCAAUCAGAUCCUGUUCGAGGCGGAGAUUGGCGUUUACGCGCAAACACGCGAGAGAUUUGACGUGAUUGUCGAAGCGAAUCAACCUCCUGGAAAAUAUCACGUCGACAUAGAGGGCCUUCUGGACUGUCAAAACCUUCGUCAGGAAGCUUUCAUUCUUUACGAUAACACAAAACCAGAGUCCGCCGUGAUAAAGGACGACAAACUAUUGAAAAUCAAUGACUACGCAAUUGCAAACAAGGGCCAUGGUUGUCAUGAAAUAUCAAAGAAUUUCAUUUGUGCGUUGGAUUUAAAGGGAUCGAAAGAAGUCGAGACGAUUAACUCGAACGAAGUUAUUUAUAUACCAUUCGACGUAAAUGCUUUUUCCUACUUUACGGACGAAAUGUCCGACUAUAAGUAUAAUUUUUACGGAUGCCCUUUCUAUCCGUCUGAUCUAAGUACAAAGAAAGAAGGAGCAAAGAUCGCACAAAUUAAUCGCAUGUCGUUUAAAUAUCCCAUGUCUCCUUUAUUAUCUCAACCGGAAAAUGUACCGGAGGAAGCGAUUUGUUCUUUCGAAAAGCGUUCAAAAGAAUGUGCAGAUACACCAUUGUUCUGCGAAUGUGUUCACAUGAUUGAAGUUCCACCCAAGAAAAAUAUUGACAUCGUUCUAAUAGACGAAGGCUUUGGUGGAAAUGUUUCCCAUACGUUUCACAUACAUGGCUAUAACGCAAGUGUCCUGGGAAAAGAUAGUUUCCAGCGAGCAAUUAUCAAAGAAGAAAUUAUACUUCUAGACCGUAACAAACAGUUACAUCGUAAUUUUUUAAAUCCACCGCAGAAAGAUAGCUUCGUUGUACCAAAUAAAGGAUAUGUUAUUCUUCGCCUCUUCACUGACAAUUUAGGAUAUUGGUUGUGGGAAGCACGAAGCACAGCAAUAUCUCCAAGAAUAUCUAGACCUGUGAUGCAGUUUCUGUUAAAGGUAGGCAGUCGUGAAAGUUUCUUACCUGUUCCUUUAGACUUUCCUACCUGUGGAAGCAACAAACAUCCGGAUAUGGUGUUCGAAACAAAUUAA